AUGGCUCGUCAAUUUUUCGUGGGUGGAAAUUUCAAGAUGAACGGUACCAAGGAGUCCGUCACUAAGAUUGUAGACAACUUGAAUAAGGCUGAUUUGCCAAAAAAUGUUGAGGUUGUCAUUGCUCCACCAGCACCAUACAUUGCCUUAGCAGUCGAAGAAAACAAGCAACCUACUGUUCAGAUUUCUGCUCAGAAUGUGUUCGACAAGGCAUCUGGUGCAUACACAGGUGAAAUUUCUCCAGAUCAGGUCAAAGACUUGGGUGCAACUUGGACUUUGACUGGACAUUCAGAAAGAAGAACUAUUAUUAAAGAAUCCGAUCAAUUUAUUGCAGAGAAGACAAAGUUCGCUUUAGAACAAGGUUUAUCAGUAAUCUUGUGUAUCGGCGAAACAUUAGAAGAACGUAAAUCUGGUGUUACACUUGAUGUUUGUGCCAGACAAUUGGAUGCUGUAUCCAAGAUAGUGUCUGACUGGUCCCAUAUAGUUGUAGCUUAUGAACCUGUCUGGGCAAUUGGUACAGGUUUGGCUGCAACUCCUGAUGAUGCACAGGAAACCCACAAGGGUAUCAGGGCUCACUUGGCCAAGACCAUUGGCGAGAAGGCAGCCUCUGAAAUUAGAAUUUUAUAUGGUGGUUCAGUCAAUGGUAAAAACGCUUCUGAAUUCAAGGACAAACCAGAUGUUGAUGGCUUUUUAGUCGGUGGUGCUUCUUUGAAACCAGAGUUUGUCGACAUUAUCAAAUCGAGAUUGUAG